GCAGCAAAAACCGAACACAAGCAAAGGAAAAAAAAAUAAAAGGAAAAAAAAAACAUGAACUCUUCCCCCAAUCCUCCACAACCGCCUCCGCUCCCUCCUCCGCCUCAGUCCUCUACGUCCACCGCCUCCGCCGCAGAUGGCUCCGGCAAGAAAAUUAGGAAGCCUUACACCAUUACAAAGUCACGUGAAAGCUGGACCGAAGAGGAACACGACAAGUUCCUCGAAGCUCUUCAACUGUUUGAUCGAGACUGGAAAAAGAUUGAAGAUUUUGUCGGAUCAAAGACAGUUAUCCAGAUUCGAAGUCAUGCCCAGAAAUACUUUUUGAAGGUUCAAAAGAAUGGGACAAUGGCACAUGUGCCGCCUCCUCGUCCCAAGCGCAAAGCUGCCCACCCUUACCCUCAAAAGGCCUCUAAAAAUGUGCCAUUACAAGCAUCCAUGGGUUUUCCUUCUCCGACAAAUACCAUUCCACCCGGAUAUGGUCCCUGGGAUGAAGCUUCCAUGCUAGUUAACACUGCCUCAAGCAAAAUCAUGCCACCCCAAGAUGAAUUUACGAGUCUUCAAGGAGCGGAAGCUGAUAUUGGAUCAAAGGGCGUUGCAAGGAUUAGUAACAGUGGUGUUAGUGGCAUUGGAAGCUCUAGCAAUACAAUGCCAAAAUCCGAUCUGCCAAAUCAAGGGAAACAAGUAUCCAUGCUUCACGGUAUACCUGAUUUUGCUGAAGUUUAUAGCUUUAUUGGGAGUGUCUUUGAUCCUGACACCGGGGGCCAUGUGCAAAAACUCAAAGAGAUGGAUCCCAUAAAUUUUGAAACUGUUUUGUUGCUGAUGAGAAAUCUCACUGUUAACUUGUGUAGUCCAGAUUUUGAGCCAAUUAGGAAGGUCCUGUCCUCGUACGAUGUCAACAAAAACACGGUGGGAGUUACCAAAGGAAUUAUUCCCCAGAACCAAAUGAAUGAUAUAUUGUGUUAAGCUGUUUAGUAUGUAGGAUUUUCCGGCAAGUAUGUGCCUUUAAUAUUUUACUUCUGCCUGCGUGCUGCAACUGGAAUCGAAUUUCUGUUUUCUUUUGACUGCUACCUUAAUUAUAAAGUGCUAAUCAGAAUUGGGGCAGCAUGCGUUCAAUGUUUACUAGGUGAAGGAAUUGCAGCCAGCAGCCUAUAUAAAAUGUUGGAAAUGAUGAGUGGAAGAAAGGGUUUCCAGCACAGGCUUUCAAGCUCAUUGACUUCCAGCGAGAUCAAAACGGAAUGGUUGUGUCACGUAUUUUUACUUAUCAACCAGAUAAGCCGUGUACAUUCUUGUCUGUUUGGUUUAGUGGCCGUUGUUUACGUAGUUGCGCAAAGUAUGGUGUUAUUAUAGAAGUGGAAGUAGGAGAAUUUGAAGAUAUGUGUAAUAAGGAUCUUAAUUUUGCCCUUUGAAUGUAGCUAGAAGGACCCCCAUGACAAAACAUGAAAGAUUUCUUAUCGUAUUGGC